CUUAGAUGGGCCACUUAAGGCCCAAAUAAAUACGUGAAGCAGAGCUUAUGUGAUUAUUUCCUCUCUCAGGUCAGGAGUUGUUGUAGACACAGCAGCUUGGUCUCUUUCAUUGGCACAAAGAGAGAAAAUCUGAAAUUGAGAGAGACAGAGAAAAAUGGCGUCGCUUCUGAAAGCAUUCAUCGAUCCAAAGAAGAACUUCCUCGCUCGUAUGCAUAUGAAAGCCAUAUCUACUCGCCUUCGCAGAUACGGUCUGAGGUACGAUGAUCUGUACGAUCAGUAUUACAGUAUGGACAUCAAAGAGGCUAUGAACAGAUUGCCCAGGGAGGUCGUUGAUGCUCGUAACCAGCGUCUCAAGCGUGCCAUGGACCUCUCCAUGAAGCACGAGUACCUCCCCAAGGAUCUUCAGGCGGUGCAGACCCCAUUCCGUGGCUAUCUUCAGGACAUGCUUGCUCUUGUUGAGAGGGAAAGCAAGGAACGAGAGGCCUUGGGAGCUCUACCACUAUACCAGCGCACACUCCCAUAAGCAUUCCUUUCCCCUUUUCUUGUGGUCAACGCUGCUUCUCUGCAUAAAUCUGCAACAUUGAUAUUUUGGUGCUCACUUUCUGAACAGAGCUAUUUACUAUUUGAAAAAGCAUAAAUCUGUGAUAGUUUUCCUAAGUGGAUAUGUUGCUAGUUACAUUUUUAUCGCUUUUGCUGGCUUGAAUAAAAUCGACGACGCAACUCAAGUCUGUCUCGAUGAUUUAUCAUUUUCGAGGUCUGGUUUGCUCUUUUAUUCUUAUAAUUGGUCUCUCAGAAUCGUUUAAGUUUUAUGCAUUGAAAUGUAGAAGUGCCAUGAUUCCAUAUUCUUGGGAAUUUGGUCGAGCCAUGUUGAUGUAUCCUUUGCAUUGACAGUUUCAUGUGAGAAAUUAAUGGGAGAGAAUUAUGAGUUUAUUAGGCACCGAUAAA